GUGAGAUAGAACAAGAGGUGAGGCUCGUUGUGGGUGUCAAGAAUGAAGUUCAAAUGCUGACUACCAAAUUCCAGUUCAUCAAGGCCGUGCUGGUGGAUGCCGAGAAUAGACAAGUGAAGGAUGAUGCGAUCAAACUUUGGAUGCAGAAGCUCAAAAACAUUUCCUACGAUAUGGAUGAUGUGCUAGACGAGUGGACCACUGCAAUUCAGAAAUCCCAAAUUAUGGGAGAUGAACGUGUUUCAGCUGAGAAUAAGAGGAAGGUACGCUGCUUAAUCUGCUUCUCUUGCUUUCGUUGUAGAGAAGUUGGUGUACGUCGUGAUAUUGCUGUCAAGAUUAAAGAUUUUAAUGCAAGAUUAGAUAUCAUUGUUGAUCAACAGCGUGCGUUCAACUUUGUUAGUUUUCAAAAGGAAACUAAACAAGUUGAGCGAUUUACAACUACAUCUUUCAUUGAUGUAGCAGAGGUCAAAGGUAGAGACCAAGAACAAAAAGCAAUAGUGGAGAAGUUGUUGACGGGGAGUAGCCAAACACCAAGCCUCCACAUCAUCUCUAUAGUAGGAAUGGGGGGGAUUGGAAAAACUACUUUGGCCAAAUUAGUCUACAACGAUGAUGAGGUGAAAACCCAUUUCGAAACGAGAAUAUGGGUUUGUGUCUCGGAUCCCUUUGAUGAGAUUAAGAUUGCCAAGGCGAUCCUUGAAUCUCUCACAAAUGAGGCUCCAAAUUUACAUGAAUUGCAAACUAUACUGCAAAACAUACGCAAAUCUCUAGAGGGGAAGAAGUUUCUUCUCAUACUUGAUGAUGUGUGGGAAGAAAAUUCUGAAAAAUGGGUACAAUUGAAAAAUUGUCUCAAAUUUGGUUCACCAGGAAGUAGAAUUUUGGUGACCACACGUAAGGAGAUUGUUGCAAGUGCGAUAGGUUGCAUUGACAUUCACAAAAAAGGACAAUUGUCCGCAGAAGAUUCUUGGUUUCUAUUUAGUCAAAUUGCAUUUUUGGGAUGGAGCAGUGGAGAGCGUGAGCCAUUGGAGGACAUAGGUAAGAAAAUUGUAAGCAGGUGCAAAGGAUUGCCUCUUACAGUGAAGACUCUAGGAAGUCUUUUGGUCACCAAAAAAUCCAAAAGUGAGUGGCAAACCAUCAUGGAUAGUGAGGUGUGGGAACUAGAAAAUGCUGAAAUUGAUAUUUUUCCCCAUUUAUGGCUUAGUUAUAAUGAUUUGUCCCCACCAUUGAGGCAAUGUUUUUCUUACUGUGCCAUUUUCCCCAAGGACCACUUGAUGGAAAAACAAAAACUGAUAGAGUUGUGGAUGGCUCAUGGUUAUAUUAAGGAAACAACAAAAAGAGAUAUGGAGAGAAUUGGUGAGGAGUAUUUUCAGAAUUUAGCUUCACGCUCUUUCUUCCAAGAUAUCAACAUGGUUGACGAUUUCUAUGACAUUUCAUAUACAUUGCUUGCAGGAAAAGGCUCGUUACCGGGCUACUUUUGUGAUGCAAAGAAACUACGCGGCCUCAUAGCUCAGUUCGAAGGAGGUUUUGUGGCCACUGCAGUGCUAUCUAGUUUUUUCAAUGAAUUAACUUGUUUGAGAUCUUUAGAUCUAAGCAAUUGUGACAUUGAAGAAAUCCCACCAACAAUAAGCCAAUUGAUACAUUUGAGGCAACUUGACUUGUCUUCUAAUGAUCAUCUGAAGUCGUUGCCUGAAACAUUGUGUGAAUUAUAUAAUUUGCAAACCUUAGAUGUUUAUGAUUGUUAUAAUUUGGCAAAGCUGCCCGAUGGUGUUGGAAAACUCGUUAACUUAAGACAUCUGCAUAUUCCUGGUAUAGGCCCUAUUCUUAUGUCGAAAGAAAUUAGGAAAUUGAGCUGUCUUAGGACAUUAGAGUGGGUCGAUGUUUUUGAUGAUAGAAAAGCAUUCUCUCUUGGGGAUCUAGAAAGUCUGAACCUUCUUCAAGGAUUGCUUAUGUUAUCGGGCCUAGGAAAUGUGGACAACAUGGAUGAGGCUAAGAAAGCACAACUCAAGAAAAAGAAAGGAAUCAACAGAAUGCAAUUAGCUUUUAAUGAAAGGGAAGGGGAAGGGAGAAUAUGUCACGAUGAAGAAUUACUUGAAGUCUUAGAGCCACACACUAAUUUGGAGACUUUAGGAAUACGUGGCUAUGAAGGCAUAGUUUUUCCGGAUUGGAUCACGUCAUUAAUUAAUUUGAAGCGUGUUCAGCUCAGAGGUUUUAAAAACUGUGAGAAAUUACCUCCUUUGGGAAAGUUACCAUUCCUUGAAAUCCUUGAAUUGGAAGAAAUGGAACGCCUGAAAAAGUUGGGCGUUGAGUUUUUUGGAAUAGAAACUUCAAGUCAACAAGAGAUUUCGUCAUCAGUCACCGUCUUCCCCAAAUUGACAACAAUUAAAUUAGGUUCCUUGAAGGAGUUGGAGGAGUGGGAUGAUGGAAUGAACAAAAAUGGAGAAGAAAAUGUUACCAAUUUUACAAUCCUGCCAUGUCUUCGUUCUCUCUCUAUUUGGCAUUGCCCAAAGUUGAAGUUGGAGGCGUUACCAGAUUACCUUCUCCAGAAGAUUUAUCAAUUUCAAGGCUGCUUAACAAAAGAGGAAAGGAGGGAAAAGGCCAAACAAAUCUUGCAUCUCUAA